AUUCUAGCACAGAGAAAUCUGGCUUGUCGUCAUGUGGGAGCUAAGUGACAUGCUGCAUAGCUCGCACGUCAGGAUGUAUCUCGAAGAUUUCCAACCCUGACAUCGCUAUGUUUCCCACUAUAUUCAAACCGCCCUUUACACCAGAACAUUCGUUGGUUCGGGACGAAUCGAGCGGAAGUGUACCAGGAUUCCCCCGCGUCCGUCGUCACGACAGGGAUCAGGUCAAGAAGCUACUUACAUCUGAACUCUGUUCGGAUGAUCUAGAUCGAGUUUCAGAUAAGCUUUGGUGGAUGUCAAAACAAGAUAGCACAAGUAUAUGGCCACUGCAUCGACAGUUACUACAAGGCCGGUCUAUCGUGGUGACAGAGAAUCCAAAGCUACAUCUUGUAUGGAUUAACGACCGUAUUUUCAUCAAGCCUCUUCCACGGUUCAUCGGAUCCUUCGGUUUCUGGAAAGAUCAUCUUUGCAGUAAUAAUACAAGCGAAGAUGUGCGUAUUAGAAGAGCCGCCUUGGGUUAUCUACGCACAUACUUCUAUCUCAUCCAGCACGAAUCAGACUUUCGCAUCGCCAAAGAUCCUACUCUUUGUCUUAUACCAGAAAGGAUCACUUGGGAGCAGUUCUGCGAUUUCACGUCUGAUCUAGUCAAAAUUCUCGAUAAGGAUGUUUCCCUGCGCUAUGCCUAUGGCCAAAUCCGCCUCACUCGUCUAAACUUCUACGCUCCGGUUAUUCUCAACAAGUCUUAUUUCCAGAGAGUCGACUUCCAAUACGGACAGUACUUUGCGCGCUUCUAUGCACCGGUUCUAUUCGCAUUCGGGAUCACAUCUGUAACCUUGAGUGGACUACAAGUCGUGACGUCGCUUGAAACAGGUGGCGGCGCCAACUGGCAAGGACUGGCGCUUGGUGUCAGCGUCUUGGCCAUCUUGGUCUCUUUUGGGCUUCUUAUCGGGUUUGGGGUUCUACUGUCUUGGAAAAUUGCUAAAGAGUGGAAAUUCGCUAUCAAAGAACGGCGCCGUUUGAUAAAGACUGAACGUGUCGUGGUUUGAUAGUAAAGUACAAUACCUAUUCCUCUUUUUAACCAUGAUCUGACAUGUCAGUCACCAAUUUUCCAACCAAC